AUGGCUGAGGAGGACAUAUCAUUUUUACUUACGAAAAACGCUGAAAGCAGUAAUGAACCCUUUUGGUCAAAAUUGGAAAAGGAAAUCCUCAUUGAGGAAGCGUCAAAGCGGGGCGAUGUCCUAGACGGGAAGUUUAAAGGGGCUCAGUCCGGUAAAGCGGAGAAAAACAGGGCUUGGGAAGAGAUCACGGCUGCAGUGAAUGCCAAGGGAGUCUUUAAAAAAAGGACAGUGAAACAGACCAAGAAGCAAUGGUCUAAUUUGAAACAAAGAGCAAAGAAAAUAAACAGUGCUGGCAGAUACCCAGCAACAGGAGGAGGUCCAAAGCCCCCAUCACCUUCACCUAUGGAUGAAGCAAUGUUGUCCUUCCUUUCAGGAAGACCCUCAUUAGAGGGUAUAGAUGGAGGAUUUGACACUCCAGCCACUGAAACAGUUGAGCAGCCAGUUCUGCAGAGUGAACCAGGGCCCUCAAAACCUGUCUGUUCAACUCUGGGUGCAGUGAAUGGCUCCUGUCUCCCUUCCACAAGUUUGACAGCUGGAUCAGGAAAGAAGAAAAGGACAAGGGACACAGACACCAUCCAUCUGGAAGUCCUUGAGGCUGAGAAAGAGAAAAUAAAAUUAGAAAUGGAUUAUAUUAAGCUGAAGAUGCAGAAAGUUUCAUCAGAAAUAGAGUUGAUAGAAUUAAAAAAGAACACUCUUAAAUCAUGCAAUUUCUCCCUACCUUCAUUAUCACAGUUUUCUGAAUUCUAG